AUGACAUCAAAUGCCACAGUAACAAACAAUUCAACGACUGACAGAGUUGUAAAAAGUAUCCCUCAUCCUCCCACUCACCGUUUGACACUUGAAGAAGUCUUUGAUAGUAAAGGAGAACCUCGGAUUAAAGAAUUGAGGCAACAUUUUAUACUCGAAGGUCGAGUUACAGAACAAGUUGCCCUAAGGAUUAUUCGUUCUGGUGCAGCGUUAUUACGAGAUGAAAAUACAGUUUUGGAUAUUGAUGCCCCUGUCACCGUCUGUGGAGAUAUUCAUGGACAAUUUUUCGAUUUGAUGAAAUUAUUUGAGGUUGGGGGAGAUCCCGCAACAACUAGAUACCUUUUCCUUGGAGAUUAUGUGGAUAGAGGAUAUUUUAGUAUUGAGUGUGUUUUAUAUUUAUGGGCAUUGAAAAUUCUUCAUCCAACAACAUUUUAUCUUCUACGUGGUAAUCAUGAAUGUCGACAUUUAACGGAAUACUUCACUUUUAAACAAGAAUGUAAGAUAAAAUAUACAGAAGAAGUUUAUGAAGCCUGUAUGGAAGCAUUCGAUUGUUUACCGUUGGCAGCUUUAAUGAAUCAACAGUUUUUGUGUGUUCAUGGUGGUCUUUCUCCGGAAAUUCAUACUUUGGAUGAUAUACGUCGUAUUGAUCGAUACAGAGAGCCUCCUGCGUUCGGUUCAAUGUGUGACCUUUUAUGGUCUGAUCCGUUAGAAGAUUUCGGGAGUGAAAAAUCAUUAGAUCAUUUCUCUCAUAAUUGUGUUAGAGGUUGUUCUUUCUUUUUCAGUUAUGAUGCUUGCUGUGAUUUCCUACAGACCAACAGUCUUCUCUCUAUAAUACGUGCACAUGAAGCUCAAGAUGCUGGUUAUCGUAUGUACCGAAAAAAUCAAGCCACUAAUUUUCCUUCACUCAUCACCAUAUUUAGUGCCCCUAAUUAUCUUGAUGUGUAUAACAACAAAGCUGCUAUACUUAAAUAUGAAAAUAAUACAAUGAAUAUACGACAAUUUAAUUGUUCACCUCAUCCUUAUUGGCUUCCAAACUUUAUGGAUGUUUUCACUUGGUCUUUACCGUUUGUUGGUGAAAAAGUCACAGAAAUGCUUAUGAAUGUUUUAAGUAUAUGUUCUGAUGAUGAAUUAAUGAAAGAAGGUGAUGACACGUUUGAAGGUGGCACUGUAGCUGCUCGUAAAGAAGUGAUUCGUAAUAAAAUACGUGCAAUCGGUAAAAUGGCUCGUACUUUCACAGUGCUAAGAGAAGAAAGUGAGUCUGUAUUUGAACUGAAAGGCUUGACACCAAAUGGGAUGUUACCAUUAGGUGCACUGUCUGGAGGAAAAGAAUCAUUAAAUAAAGCACUUUCUGGUGUUUCACCUAGAAAUAAAAUCAUCUCUUUUGAGCAAGCGAAAGCAUAUGACCAGAUUAAUGAACGCAUGCCUCCUAGAAGAGAUAGUUCAGCAUCAACUAGCACUGGUACUUCCGUUCGAACGUUUGGUUCCACAUCUCGUCAAAGCGACAGAAGACCAGCACCUAAUCCACCUGUUGUCACUCCUAACACUGUAGAUUCCACUCAAGUCUCCAGUUAUCGGCGUGUCAGCGCGAAAAGCAAUACUAGCCGAACAACUGCUGAUGAAAACGACACACAUCGUUCAUCAAGUUCUGGUGGUCUCCGGAAUAGUAAUGGUGAGACUGACAUAAAUUCCGUAACAAAAUCGGCACAUGCCACAUUAAAUUCGUAUCCAUCAAUUUCACCUAAUAUUCGAGAUACAAAUCCUCGAAUACCGGCUACUAGCUCUGAUAAUUCCACUAAAAAGUAA